UACCAUUAUGGAGGGGGCCAAUUAUACCACUGCUAGUGCAAGUAGGCACAAACAUAAACUGAAAAUAUUGGUCAAAUUCAAUAAUAAUCUGAGAGACAGAGAGAGAGCAUUUAUUAUUUAGUUUCUAUUUCUUUCCUUCUUACACUUCUGAGUGUUAAGCCAAAAAAUAAUAAGAAUCCCACUCAGUAGUAUUAUUCACCCAUCAGCGUCUUUCAUCAGUAUCCUUCAUUUCACUCUCUCUCGUACCAAAAAAUUAAAAUAAGAAAAAGCCGUAGAUUCCCCAUUUCCCACGUAAACCACUUAACCGUCAAAAUCCGCCGCUUCAAAUCUACGAUUUUCCCGAGAAAAUAAUGAAAUAAAGAAAGAAAGUGAAAUUUUACUUUUUUUUAUUUUUUUAUAAUAACAAUCUCAGGGAGUUCCAUAUCUUCACGCACACGAUAAAAGCAGAGGGAUUAUAAUAAAUAUGUGUAUAUUAUAAUAUCGCUAUUGUAAUUGUAAAGUGUAUAGCUAGUGUGCAGUGCAGACACCUUAAAAGAUUCCGGCGGCGGGUGAUUUUCGGUCACCGUCAUGGAUUCAGGCGGCGCAACUCAGGUCACCACCGCCGGCGGGGUUCAGAUCCGGCAAACUAGAAGGUUGCCGGAUUUUCUACAGAGCGUGAAUCUCAAGUACGUGAAAUUAGGGUACCAUUAUCUAAUCUCGAAUCUGUUGACUCUGUGUUUCAUUCCUUUGAUUUUUGUAACCCUAAUUGAGGCUUCGCAAAUGGAUCUGGGUGAUUUGCGGCAUCUGUGGCUUCACCUUCAGUAUAAUCUGGUCAGCGUCAUUAUAUGCUCUGCUUUCAUGGUUUUUGGUUUCACUGUCUAUAUUAUGUCUCGUCCCAGACCGAUUUAUCUCGUUGACUAUUCCUGUUAUCGUGCACCUGAUCAUCUCAAGGCUCCCUAUAACCGGUUCUUGGAACAUUCACGUCUCACCGGAGACUUUGACGAAUCGUCUCUUGAGUUUCAGCGCAAGAUUUUGGAGCGUUCAGGCCUAGGGGAGGAGACUUAUGUCCCUGAAGCGAUGCACUUCAUUCCGCCAAGGCCUUCCAUGGCCGCAGCUAGAGAGGAGGCCGAACAGGUCAUGUAUGGUGCCUUGGAUAAUCUCUUUGCCAAUACCAAUGUUAAGCCUAAGAAUAUUGGCAUUCUUGUUGUAAACUGUAGCUUGUUUAAUCCCACGCCUUCUCUUUCCGCUAUGAUUGUGAACAAGUACAAGUUGAGGGGUAAUAUAAGGAGCUUUAACCUUGGAGGAAUGGGCUGUAGUGCUGGGGUUAUAGCUAUUGAUCUUGCCAAGGACUUGUUGCAGGUUCAUAGGAAUACUUAUGCCGUUGUUGUGAGUACUGAAAAUAUUACUCAGAACUGGUAUUUUGGGAACAAGAAAUCAAUGUUGAUACCCAAUUGCUUGUUUCGAGUAGGGGGUUCAGCGGUUUUGCUUUCUAACAAGUCUGUCGAUAGGAGGCGAGCUAAGUACAGGCUUGUUCAUGUUGUCAGGACCCAUCGGGGUGCAGACGAUAAGGCUUUUCGAUGUGUUUAUCAGGAACAGGAUGAUGCUGGGAAGACCGGGGUUUCCCUGUCCAAAGAUUUGAUGGCAAUAGCUGGAGGAGCUCUUAAGACAAACAUUACCACUUUAGGCCCUCUUGUGCUCCCCAUUAGUGAGCAGCUUCUUUUCUUUGUGACCCUUCUGGUUAAGAAGUUACUAAACUCGAGUAUGAAGCCAUACAUUCCUGAUUUCAAGUUGGCAUUUGACCAUUUCUGUAUUCAUGCUGGAGGAAGGGCUGUGAUUGAUGAGCUAGAGAAGAACUUGCAGCUUUUGCCAAUACAUGUAGAGGCUUCUAGGAUGGCUCUUCACCGAUUUGGAAACACUUCAUCAAGCUCCAUUUGGUAUGAGUUGGCCUAUAUAGAAGCUAAGGGAAGAAUGCGAAAGGGCAAUCGGGUGUGGCAGAUUGCAUUUGGGAGUGGUUUCAAAUGUAAUAGUGCGGUCUGGGAAGCGCUUCAGAGAGUGAAGCCUUCUCGAAAUGGUCCGUGGGAAGAUUGCAUUGACAAGUAUCCUGUGAAGACGGAGUUAUGAUUUUGGUUAAUUCCAUUCAGGUUACCACUCGUCACUACUAUCUUUUGCUAUGUUAGCCCUUUGAUGUUGGGUUUUUAAUUUGAUACUAAAUGUGAUUCAUGUUUUUUCACCCUUAGAUUCUCCCUACGUAUAAUAUCAUAAUACCCACAUUAUCAUUUCAGGGUGCUAUGAUGUUUAGAACUGUUGAUUUCGUACUGAGAUCAUGUUGCCUAGUUGUCAUUUGCUACUUUCUUUUCUUUUGUUUCUUCUUCUGUGUAAUAUGUCAAUGAUAAACUGGUAUCAGAAGUCCUUAGCCUUCUCUUUUGUACGACUUUAGUAUUUUUUUUACAUUUGAUCACGCUUGAUAUGAACUCAAAACUAUUUUGUUGAGCUUA